CCCCGCCGCCGCGAUCGCACUGGCCCGCCGCAGUGAAAAGCCGGAGGCUGUGGCCGCACGGGCUUCUCUCGGGUUCCCGGUGCCUCUCCUCGGCUGCCUUCCCGCACCGGCCGAACUUAAUGUGAACCCCCCCCUUCUCCCCUUCCUUAUUCCUUAGCUUGACGCGGCAGCUGCCCGUCUCCUCACGAGCCCGCACUCUCCUCGGGGGCGCACGGCUCGCCUCGCCCCUGCCCACCUCGGGGGCCGCGCGUCCCGCGCCCCUCGCUCCGUCUCCCCCUCACCAUGAACAACCUGAAGCCGGACGUCGAGCUCUGCACCGGCCCGGGCACCGGCACCGGCACCGGCACGGGCCCCAGCGGCCCGCUGGAGGAGGAGGUCCGGACACUGUUUGUCAGCGGCCUCCCCGUGGAUAUUAAACCUAGAGAACUCUACCUGCUCUUCCGGCCAUUCAAGGGCUAUGAGGGGUCUCUGAUCAAGCUCACCUCAAGACAGCCUGUUGGCUUUGUGAUCUUUGACAGCCGGGCAGGAGCAGAAGCAGCCAAAAAUGCAUUGAAUGGCAUUCGAUUUGAUCCCGAGAACCCACAGACCCUGAGGCUAGAGUUUGCCAAAGCCAACACCAAGAUGGCCAAGAGCAAGCUAAUAGCGACACCAAAUCCCACCAGUGUCCACCCUGCCCUAGGAGCGCAUUUGAUUGCACGGGACCCUUAUGACCUGAUGGGGGCUGCUCUGAUUCCUGCAUCCCCAGAGGCCUGGACCCCUUACCCUCUCUACACCACAGAGCUGACCCCAGCCAUUUCACAUACUACGUUCACCUACCCAGCUGCCACUGCCGCCGCCGCCGCCCUACAUGCUCAGGUGCGCUGGUGCCCCUCCUCUGAUACCACCCAGCAAGGAUGGAAGUACCGCCAGUUCUGUUAACUUCUCAGUAA